AUGAACGUGAUUGUCGGUUUGGUGGCCGUACUGCUUCUGUUGGUCACCGGAGGAGAAUGUCAGAUUCAUCCGGACAUCGCUGAGGACGCGUUCCUUGAUUCGAUUGGACUCCUGCGAAAGUAUGGUUACCCGGCUGAGGAACACAUUGUGGAGACGGACGAUGGCUACCUCUUGGGGGUGCACCGGUGCCCGGGAAGCCCACAGUCUCCACCGGCGUCCGGUAAACCGGUCGUGCUCCUGCAGCACGGUAUGCUGAGCUCGUCGGCUGACUACAUCCUGAUGGGACCGAACACGGCCCUGGUGUACAUGCUGGCCGAUGCCGGCUACGACGUGUGGAUGGGUAAUGCACGAGGCAACCGCUACUCCAACCGUCACCGCUCCCGCAGCAACGUCACGCAGCAGUUCUGGGACUUUUCCUGGCACGAGGUUGGCAGCAUCGACAUUCCGAACGUGAUCGACUACAUCAUGGCGCGCACCGGGCAGCAGGCGAUUCAGUACGUUGGCCACUCGCAGGGCACGACCGCCUACUGGGUGAUGAUGUCGCAGCAUCCGUACUACAACCGGCGAAUCAAGAGCAUGCACGCGCUGGCGCCAGCCGCUUACAUGCACAACACGCGCAGCCCGUACGUCCUCUUUCUGGCCACGUUCCUCUACACCACCGACCUGAUGCUGCAGAUGAUGGGCACCUGGUGGUUCGAGCCGACGAACGAGAUGAACAUCCAGGGCGGGCUAAACAACUGCCACGAUGGCGCUCCGUUCCAGUCGAUGUGCUCAAUUAACACGUUCCUGAUCGCGGGUUUCAACACGCAGGAGGUCAACUCGACCAUGCUGCCGGUCAUUCAUGCUCAUUCACCGGCUGGAGCUUCGGCGAUGCAAAUGUUGCACCAUGCGCAAACGAUACGUUCGCGUAUCUUCCGCCAGUACGAUCACGGUGCGAUGAACAUGGUCCGCUACGGGCAGCUCACGCCGCCGGUCUACAAUCUGGCCAACGUGCAGGCACCGACGCUGUUCUACCACAGCACCAACGAUUGGAUGGCUGCUCCGCCGGACGUGGAACUGCUGUACCGUGAGCUACCGAACGUAGUGAAGCGCUACCUGGUGCCGUUACCUGUCUUCAACCAUCUGGAUUUCGUGUGGGCGAUCAACGUGCGGCCCCUGCUGUACAAUGAGUUGCUUGCCGAUCUGCGGGCGUACGUCUAG